AAAAUUCCUCUCAAUCUGCGGCUUUGGGCGCACAGGAGCCUCGGUGCUUCUAUGGGAAUGUAAAGCUGUGAGUCACUGAUCUGUGCGCCGGGACGCUUCCCUCACGCACCAAAGCCUUCCCCUCACACCUCCUACAGCAGAGCUGUUACCUAGAUACAAGCCGGAUUCUGCUGUGAUGCUGCGACGCUGAGAGCAUCACUCACUCCGGCGGCAGACGGAGGGAGAGGCCGGGGGCGCAGGAUGCGGAGAGCGGACGGAGCAGCUGCGUCUGCGGAGCCGCUUCACCCUUAAACCCUUCGGAACCACGCAGACCAGAUGGGCGCGAGCUGAAGGAGCAGAAGGACAAAGCAGCAGGAAGCUCACAUCCAUGGGUGACUUCUCGCCUCCCGGUGUGGAGAUGUCGGCCGAGACGUGGGAGAACGGCAGCUUGGCCGGCCCGUCGCCUGGUCUCUCUCUGGCCCUGCUGCUUUUCAACGAAAGCGAUCUGAACGAGACGCUCUUCAACUCCACCAACUCCACCUUCCCAGACUUUUUCUCGGGUCCCAGCGUGGCGGGAGUCCUCAUCCCGCUCAUUUACAUCGUUGUUUGUGUGAUCGGUCUGGGUGGAAACACUCUGGUCAUUCAUAUUGUGCUGCAUUAUUCAAAGAUCGAGUCGGUCACCAACAUCUACAUCCUGAACUUGGCCAUCGCAGACGAGCUCUUCAUGCUCGGCCUGCCCUUCCUGGCCGUGCAGAACACCCUGCAGUCGUGGCCGUUCGGCUCCUUCAUGUGCCGACUGGUGAUGACGGUCGACUCCAUCAACCAGUUCACCAGCAUCUUCUGCCUGACCGUGAUGAGCAUCGACCGCUACCUCGCCGUGGUGCACCCCAUCCGCUCCUCGAAGUGGAGGCGCCCUCAGGUGGCCAAGGUGGUGAAUGGGACCGUGUGGGCGCUGUCCUUUCUGGUUGUUCUCCCCGUGGUGAUCUUCGCUAACAUCCAGAAGGCAGGAGGCACCUGCAACAUCUCCUGGCCUCAGCCAGCCAACAUCUGGAGGGCUGCUUUCAUCAUCUACACGUCCACGGUGGGGUUUUUCUGCCCUCUCCUCAUCAUCUGCCUCUGCUACCUGCUCAUCGUCUUCAAGAUUCGUAGCUCGGGCAAAAAAGUCCACGCCACCUCCACCAAGAGACGGAAGUCUGAGCGGAAAGUGACCCGAAUGGUUGUGAUCGUGGUCGCCGUGUUUGUCUUCUGCUGGCUGCCGUUCUACGCCCUCAACAUCAUCAACCUGCUGGUGCUGCUGCCCUCAGAAUACCAAGGCCUUUACUACUUUGUUGUCGUGCUCGGUUACGCCAACAGCUGCGCCAACCCCAUCGUUUACGGCUUCCUGUCAGACAACUUCAAGAGGGGUUUCCGGAAAGCCUUGUGCCGCUCCACCAGGAGGGUGGAGAACCAGGAGCCGGUGGAGCACCACCAGCAGCAGGAGGAAAGGCGGAGGGCCCUCAUGCCCAGAGAGAGCCUGCGGCGAGCCAUCAGGGACGAAGAGGACGAAGAUGAGGAGGACGUGUCAGAAAUGACUGAGAUCUACAGAAUCACCCAAAACGGAAACGGGAGUUUCCAGCCGCAAAGCUCUCAGCCGCUGUUCGCCGAAAAAGGAGCGACGCCGGGAGUGACCGAGCUGUCCUCCGCCAACGAGAACGCUGGAGACGGCAAAGGGAAAGAGCCCGUCACCGGGGCAACGGUUCCUCUGCUUCUCAACGGAGCCAAAAAUGGGAACGCCAAGAAUCUGCCUGAAGAAAAUCCGGAGCAGAGCACCUCGCUGGAGAUAAGUUAUUUAUAAAGUAAAUGAUGGACAAGUUAGCGCCCCCUCUUUUAAUCCUUGAUGAUGUUUAUCAAACUAAAUGAAAUUCUGUUGUGGGUCCUGAUUAUGCAUCAAACCAACAACCUAAUGGAACUUUCUCAUUAUUUAUUCAGUGAAAAAAAGAAAAUCAAGGCAAAACAAGUUUGACCCAACAAGAUCCAGUUUUCCUCUUCCUGUCCUCCAACUCUACUUCGCUAUAGAUAAUUGAUGUGGAUUCUUUCAUUACUUAUGUUCACUAACUCUUUUUUCAUGCCAUUCUGACUCUUUAAAUUUCUCCAAAAUAUACGCUCAUUUGCAGAACUCAAUGAUUGGCUGAACAUCCUUUUGCUUCAACAUGAGUUAGAAUCAUCAACCUUCCACCUCCGUGCUUGAGAGUUAAAAAAAUGCAUUCCUGCCUAAAGUCGUAAUCACACCUGCCCCUACAGGGGGUUACGGGCUGUCUGUGGGGUCAAAAUGGGCAAACGUGUAUGUGGCACGCAGGUGGAAAUAUAUCAAGAUUGAAGCUUCAAGGCCCGUACACACCGAGACGAAUUUCGCGCACGAUAUUCGCCGACGUUUAACGCCUCAUGACUAAACAAAGGGCACCAAUGAGAGUGUGCACACCA